AUGGAUUAAGAUGGUGAAAAUUCUAUUGAAUUUAUUCAAAACUCUCUUAAUGAAAUAAUCUAAGACAUAGAGAAUAAUGUAUUUGAUAAUGAUGAGUAGAUUGAAAAAGAGUUGAAAGAGCUACUUGAAAAAUUUGAUGAAGAUAGAAGAGUAUAAUAUGUAAAUGAUUUACAUUAAAAAUUCUAAGGAAGAUCUUUCUUAAAUUUGACAUAUUUUAACAUUAUAUCAACUCCAAAUCACAAUCAUGAAUAACCUGAAGAAGACUUAGUAUAGAUAUAUAACGAAGCGUUAAAAGAAUAAUAAUUUGAUUUAAUUAUUUAAAGAAUCACAAACCCCGAAUUUUGCUAAAAAAAUUAGAUACCAGUAACAAUUAAAGAUCAUAAAAAAACACUUGAGAAGUUAGGACAGAAUGUUGGACUGAUUUUUGAUUUAAUUGAGUAAUAGAAAAGUACAAUCCGAUAUUCUUAUAUGAAGAGUUUGGAACUUUUACUUAAAAUUUUUUAUUUGAAUGAUGAAAUUCAUUAAUUUGUUGGGUCAUGCUUAGAAUUAUAACUAUACGAAUUUGAACUUUAUGUUGAUAAUUUUAAGGAAAAAGAUAACGAUGCAUAUCAACAAGUAAUUAAAAACCUUUAAUUGAUACAAUAAAAAGAUAAGAUGAAGGAAGAACUGGACCAAAUUUUAAGUUAAAAUACAUAAAAUUUGGAUUUAUUUGAUCUUCUAUCAAUUGAAAUAGACGAUUAUCACCAAAAACUAUUAGAAUACAUUAAAAAUUAUCCAAAUAUUGAAUAUAAUAAUCAAGAUAAAACUAAGAUCAUUAGAUUUUUUAAUAUGACUGAAAAUUUUAGUAAUUUAGUUGAUAUUUUAUAUUUCAAAUUAGUGAUUUACUUUUGGAUAAAACAUUCAGAGAAAUUUGAAUUGUAGAAAUUUUUAAACGAUAUGUAUGAGUAUAAGUUAAAGAAAGCAGCUAAUAAAAGGAAAUGUAUGGAGAGAGGAUUGGAAAGUUUAGCAAAGGAAUAAAAAGAUUUUAUCUUUAAAUAUUUGAUUCAUAAAAUUGUUUUUUUUUCUAAUUUUAAGGAUGACAACUUUAAUGAGAAUUAUUCUAAAUAUAAGUAACAGUUUAAUAUACAAACACAAUUGAAUAAUCAUUAAUACUUAUCUCAAAUUUGGAAUGACAUUGGUUAGUUAAAGUUCUAUCAGUUGGAAUAAUUAUAUGGUAGUAAAAAUCAAGAAAUUUUGUUUUUCUUAUUUGUUUCUACAACUGCUUAUACAGAAUAAAUGAUUUUGGAAUUAAACUUGAUUUUCUAGCAUAAAGUCGACCUAUUCGAAAUUAAAAAUGAAUUAUUUAAGAAGAUCAAUCUGUAGGGUGAUAAUAUUUUGCAGGAAAACCUUUUGCAUUUAAAAUUUAUGCUAAGAUAUAUGAAUGAGAAUUCCUAAAAUAAUCCAUUGUCAAUUUCAAAAUGGAUCUCUUAAAUUAAUCUAAUUGAAAAAUAUCCCCAAAGUUUAUAGAUCAAACUUAAUGAAUUUAAUUUAACCCUGAUCUAAGAAAAUCCUGAAAUUUCUAAAUAAAUUAUUAAUGACUGGUUAAGCGAUAGAAAAGAUCAUAAAAAAUUUAAAAAUCUAAUACCAUUUUAUUUUAAUAUUAUUAAAAGAGGGGAACCCUCAUAGCAUUUACUAGAUUUAAUUAAUUAGGAUAGAAAAUUCGACCAUUUGGAUUCUUUAAAUAUGAAAUCCUUAUUUUAAAUAUUAUAUAAUAAUGCUGAUUCAGAGUUAUAAGCAAUACUAAUUAAAUUACAUUCAAAAAACAAUUCAAUUCCUCUAAUUUAUAAACACCCACAAAUUUAAAAUGCUACUAAAGAUUUAGAUUUGUUCAGAUUGAAUGAAAAUAUUUAUUAUCUUUUGGAACAAGAUUUCACUAUUAUAAAUUUUUCCCUUACUUAAAUUUAAGAAAAAAUUGGGAAAACUUACUUAAUUAAUAAGUUAUUUUACAAAGAUGAUAAAUUUGAGAUCUGCGAUUCAUCGUUGAUCAACAAAAAUACAAUUGAUUGCACAUUUGACUUUGCUUUUAACCGAAGCAGAAAUUUUUUUAUUGCAGAUGCUCAUGGUUCAUUUUAAGAUGAGUUAUUCUAAUUAAUACUUCCAUUGUUUAAAUGUUGGAUAAUUCAAAUGAGAUCUGAAUAAGAAUUGAAAGAAAAUAUUGAUAGAGUUAAUAAUAUUCUAUCUCUAUUGGAUUGUAAGCCUAUGAUUUGUUUUGUAAUUAGAGAUUCUAAAAAAUUAGAAAUUAAAAUGGAGUAAAUUAAUUAAAUUAAAGCUUCGAAAAUUAAAAUUUGUCAAAUUGAAAACCUAUAAUAAAUGGAUAAUCAACCUUAGUAAGGAGAAAUAGCCAAAAUAAGAAAUACUAUUUUAGAGAUGAUUGGAAAGGAAAAUGAACUUGUUAAAGAAUAAGAUUUAAAAAAGUCAUUUCUUUAAGUGUGUACGAACUUUGAAAUUAAUACCUUUAAAAUACUACAAAUUCAAGAGUUAAUAGAUAAUUUAGAAAUUGAAUUAAAUAUAAUUAAAUCAAAUCCAGAAGGCUUUUACAAUGAAAAUGCUUUUCCUUUAAGAUUUUUGGAAUGGAAAAUUGAAGCAUUACAUAUGUAAAGAUCUGAAUGUGACAAAGAAAUAAAAUCAAAUUAACAAAAUUUAUAGGAUAAACAAAGAUCAAUCAAUUAUUUAAGGCAAUUAUCUGAGUGUUAAGAUGAGAUGAACAAAACAAAUUUGAUAAAUGGGAUUGAAGCUAAGCUAAAAGAAAUGGAUGAAAUUAAUAUUAAUUUAGACUAACUUAAAAAGCAAUAGUAUUAAAUAAUUGAAUGUAUCUUAUAAUUUGAAUCAUAAUAAAGAGGUUUAACGGUUUAAACUUCAAAUUUACUCUCAAUAUUUAGUUUUCUUUUUAAAUUAGAUAAUUAUUACAUAGGUUAUCUAAUGACAGUUGAUAAAAUAGCCAAAUUUAAUAAUAUUUUAUAAAUUGAGAACGAUGCCUCAAUCAAAAAAGUACAAGAAAAUGCUAAACUAAAUGGAAAUAAAAAAGAAGAGACAGACCAAUAAAUCAAAAUACUUUAAAAUAAUUAAAAAUUAUAAAAUGUUAGUAUAGAACUAUUUUGGAGAGAAAUUAUUAAUGGAUAUCCUCAUUUUGACUUAGAUUAUAUCGACAUAAUAGUACAAUUACUAUAGAGAGGAGAACCCUUUGAGUUUCUCAACGGUGAUGAUCUUACCAUUAAUUUUAAAUUUUUGAAGUAAUUAGGUUAAAAAUUAAUUACACAUAAAGAAUAAAAUAAAAUACUAAUAAUUAGCAUUUUAGGGCCUUAGAGCUCAGGAAAGUCAACUUUAUUAAAUAAAAUGUUUGGCUGUCAUUUUUUAACAAGUGUAGGUAGAUGUACGAAAGGGAUGUAUUUAUAAUUGCUCAAGAUAUCAAAUAAGGAAUAAUUUGAUAAUUUAUAUGAUUAUAUAUUAUUGUUAGAUUCUGAAGGUUUAUAAAAUCCAAAUUAAUAAGAUUAAGUAUUUGAUAAAAGACUUGCAUUGUUUAUAGUUUCAAUUAGUGAUAUCAUAAUAUUCAAUGUUAAAGGUGAAAUAAAUUCUCAAUUUCACAACCUUAUUGAGAUGUGCUUAUUCACUUUAGUAGAACAUUAAAAAUUAUCUUCGAAUAUUCAAUUUAUUUGGUGCUUCAAUUAAAAUAGUCAAACAUCUGAUAAAAAAAAACUUCAUAACUAAAUUGAAGACAUAGUUGAAAAAUUAAAAGAAGAAAAAAAAUGGUAAAGGGACGUUUAUGAAAUCUCAGGAUUUCGAGAAGAAGAUAUUGAAAUAUUAGGAAUGGCAUCUGUUCCAGAUAAAUGGAAUAAUUUAAGUUGCUCAACUCAUUCAAAAGAAUGGACUUAAGAAAGAAUUAUUGAAGUUUAUUCUAAGGAUGCCUAUUCAAUGGGAAUUAACUUAAUUUUAAGAUAUAUUCGUAGAGGUAAGACUUUUAUUAAAGAAAUGUAAUAAUUUAUAACUUGGGAACAUUUUACUAAGAAAUUCGAAGAAUGUUGGUAGAUUAUAUCUAGAUUUCCUGAUGUUGUUGAAUUUGUAGAAUUAAAGUAGUAAAAGGAUUACGAGAGACUAAACAAAAUUUUGAAUGAAAUAAUAAAGAAAAGAGAUAAAUAGUUUUCAGAAUAAGUAUCCUCAUUAAUAUAUGACAUACAAUAUGAAAUAAAAAAAUAAUAAAAUUUGUCAACAACAAAUUUACAAAAUAUUAAAAUCUCAAUUGAAGAUAAUUUUAAGGGAAGCACAAAUUAAAUCAAAGAGGAUAUUUUUUCAGAAUUGUCUUUAUAAACCUAUGAUGUUUCUAAAAAAAUUUUAGAGAAAGUUAAAGAUCAUGCCUAAGAAUUAAUAUCCAGCCACUUAGUUGAAGGCACUUUGGUAAUCUAAUAGGAAAUUUCUAAAUAUUAGAUUCAAUUGUAGUAUUAAUUAAUUGAGGAAAAAGUUAAUAAAGCCCUUAAAGAAAUUUUGAAUGAUGAAUAGAAAUUAAAUCGAUACAAAACUGAUAAAGAAAGCAGAGAAAAUUAUUUUAAGCAAUUUUGGAUGGAUAUCAUUCAUAAAUCAUCUGAUUAAAUAGAAUCUAUUUACGAUUAAUUUUAAGAGUAACUAAUUGAAAGCAUAUGUCUAUUUUCAAAGUCAUAUAUUUAUAAUUUAGAUCAAAAAGAUUAAAUUAAGUAUAUUUUUAGCUAAAAAAUCAAUAAAAGUAAUCCUGACAAUGGUGAGGAAAUAUAUAGAGAAAGACUUUCCUAUUAAUUAUUUUAAGAAGAAUUUGAAAAAUACUCUUUUGUUUAUUUGAACAAAGAUAGUCCUAUAGAUUAUUUAAAUAUUUUUUCAAAUCCAAUCAAAUAAAGAUUUGAAAAUAUCUCCAAAGAUUGUAUAAUCAAUCCUAAAGAAUAUAUAGAAAUAAAUAAUAUUUAGUAAAUAAUAGAGAAACCUAAAUUUAUAUCUCAUUUACAAAACAAAUUUGAACAUUUUACUAAAUAAUUAUUACUUAUUAAAGAAAAGGAUUAGUUUGAAUAAAUUAUUUUAAACUUUAUACAUUUUGUUAAGGAAUUAUAAAUCAAUUUUGAUUAAAAUUUAUACCAGUCUUUAGAAGAUAUGUUGAAGUCUCGUCCUAAUUAGUGCAAUUAUCUAAUUGAAGCUUAAAUUUUCAAAUUACUAAAAAAUAUUGUAUAAACAUUCAAAUUGAGUUCUCUAAACAUGAAAUGUUUGUAGUUUCAGAAUUACAAUUUGAAAUUUUUUAGGGAGUAUUUUCCUGAUUUUAUUGAAUAAAGUGAAAAAGUAUCGAAUUAACUUUAAGAAGAUCUAAAUAAUUAUUUUAUAAUUUCAGAGAAAUGUGAAUAUAAAAAUAAGUUAGAUCCCGGUUCUAGGUAUUAUAACUUUAUUGAAUUCAUAAUCUCAAAGGAGACAAAAUUAAUGGAUGAACAUACAUUUAGAAAAGAAUUUCCUGAUGAAUUUAUUAAUAUUAUGAAAAAAAGUGGAGGAUGGGAUAGACUUAGUUGGGGCAUAUACCAAUUAAUUAAGAAGGAAAUAAUGUCUUAGAAUAUACAUACUGAUUCAACAAUUGCUUCUUCAAUAUCUAAAGAAGAGGAUAUGACUUAAAUUAAUUUUUAAUUAAUCUCUAGGAUAAUGAGAAAAGUAAAAGACUUAUUGAAUCAGUAUAAUAAAUAGUUUGCCUUUUUUGGCUUAUAAAUAAGCUAACUUUUAGAAAGAAAAUUGUAUUAUUAUUCGAUAUUUCUUAUAUGGAGAUUUAUUUGCUAUAAGAAGUGGGCAAUAUAAGACCAAGAAAAAUAAACAUUAGAUUUAAAACUAAAAGAAAUGAAAGAGUUUUUUGAUGAUAUAAUUUUGUAAAACCAUAAAGAAGUAUGUAUACGAAAUGGAAAAUUAUUGGCUUAAUGCAUUUAUCAGAACCUAAUUAAUUAACAAUAUAGAAAAAUUUAACCAAAUACUUAAUAAUAUCUUAUGAAACAAUCUAAAACAUCUUAAGAAAUAAUUUAAAUGCUUGACUAAAAGUUAUUAUUAUGUCAGGAAAGAAUUAAUUCAAUGAAACAAGAUUUAGAUGAAUAAAUUAUGUCAUACGUUUAUAGGCAAAAAGAAUUUAUAGAAUAAUAUGUAUAUUUGGAGAUUUAGAAGUUUAAAGAUGAAAUAAUGACAAUUUUUGAGAAUGAAUGCUCAAUCAAUGAAAUAUUAGAUGCAAUACUCAAAAACUCUUUGGAAUUAUAAUAAUAAUUUAAAAAUAGCAGUGAAAAUAAAGAUUAAAAUCAGUUAGAUUAUUUUGGUUAUAACAAUUUAGAUUAAGAAACUGAGGAAAUUAUUUAGGCUAUUUUUAAUUUUAAAUUGGGAGAAUAGGCUGAAAAUCUAAACUAUUUUUAAAACUCUGAUAUUAUUGAUAAUCAAAGUAUUAAAAGAUUUGGUAUUCCAGGAGUGAAAAAUUUAAGUUACAAAGUAGAUGCAUUUUUGGGAUCUUUUAUAAUGGAAAUUGAGGCUUUGAAAAUAUAGAAAGUAUAACCAUAGAUUGAAAAAUUCAAUGUUUAAAAUAUUUUGGAUAGUCUACAGAAUGAUAUGAUAGGAUGUGAUUAAUCUUGUCCAAUGUGUAAUAGAAAAUGCGACAGCCCUGAUUAUAAAAUCGAUAAUCAUAAACAUAAAUGCUUAAAUGGCCAUUAGCAGAGAGGCAUGAAUAGAGUUUUGAUAAAUUCUUAUCCUUCACCUUAUACUUGUGAGGAAAUAAUUGAUGAAGCUGAAAUUAAAAUAUUUGAAACUAAUAGGUUAAAGUCAUGGAGUGAAGUCAAAAAGAUUCACAAUGACUGGAUCUUUAAAGAACUCGAAUCGCAGAAAUUAGUUGAUGAAAAUAUAUAAAAAAUGAUGUAAAUUUGGAAUGGAGGAGUUGGGGAAUUAAUUUCGAAAGAUUUAUAAAGUCAAUUUCAGUAAGAAAUUGUCUUCUCAUAAAAACAUGAUAUCUCAAUGAAUUAAUAGAAUAAUUCAUUUCAUUAUAUAUUUAUUUUAGAUAAUUCCACCUCUAUGCACUAGCAUUGGUUGUAAGUUAAAAUUUGUAUGGCAGAAUAAUUUGAAUAAAUAAAGUAAAAGAAAAAUGCAAAAGUAAGUGUGAUUCUAUUCGGUGCAACUGCUAAAAUAGUCAUCAACUGUUAAGCUGUAGAUAUUGAUAAAUAAAUAGAACUUAUAUAAUAUGAAGGAAGUUGGUUUACAUUAUUUGGUCCUGCAUUAUCAGCUGCAAGAGAAUUAGUUCUUUAACAUUCUGAAUUUACACAGACCGUGAUACUGUUUUAUACUGACGGGAAACCGUCUAGGUUUAUAAAUUACUAACAAAAUGACGAAGUCGAUAUAUUUUGCAAUAUAGAAAAAAGAUUUCGAGAUUCAAUUUAUUUUUUUGCUUGUUCCCAGCCAAAUCUAUCUUCUUCGCUAGAACGAAUAAUUGAUAGAUUCAGUUAAGCCUUUGCAUAAGCAGCACUUAGAGACAGCAUAGAGCCAUUUUAACUUAAUCAUAUUUGGACAGAGAUCAUCUCUAAGAAUUAUCAUAGAUGUUUAGCGUGA